AUGAACGCUGCGACCUCCUUCAACCAGUCCAUUCCUGCUUCACCGAUAUCAGGUGCCACAGCCUCCUCUCGUUCAUCUCCCCCCAUAUCCAUGCCUAAUAAAUACGACGGCUCCCCGGGGAAAUGUCAAGGAUUUCUCAUGCAAUGUAACCUGUACAUAGACCAUCACCGCACUGACUUCACCUCUGACAAAAACAGGGUGGACUUCGUCAUCUCCGUACUCACAGAGCACGUACAGCAUGUGCAACAGGUCCUCAAACGACUACAGGACCACCAUAUUUAUGUCAAGGCUGAGAAGAGCUCCUUUCACGUUACUACGGUAACCUUCCUAGGUUUUGUGUUGCCACCAGGCGGGGUCAACAUGGAUGAAGACAAAGUCAUGGCCGUGCUUAACUGGCCCAAACCUGCCACCCUACCUAAUGCCUUGGAAAUGGCAGAGUGCAUGUUCCAACAGGUGUUUCGUCUGUAUGUGAUCCCGGAAGAUAUCGUUUCGGGUCGGGGACCCCAGUUCGCCUCCGGGGUGUGGCGAGGCUUCUGCGACCGACUGGGGGUCUCCAUCAGCCUGUCCUCCGGAUACCAUCCCCAAACCAGCGAGCAGAUGGAACGCCUGAAUCAGGAAAUAGGGAAGUAUCUUCGCCAACACUUGACGCACCUCAGCGCACCCCCUCCGUUUGACAUCGUCGGUGCACCGACUUAUUCCGUCCAAGCCCUCCUUGACUUCAAGUGCCUGGGUGGUCGCAUCCACUACCUGGUGGAUUGGGAGGGGUACGGACCCGAAGAACGGUCCUGGGUCACCGCCCGGGACAUCCUCGACCCAGCCAUGAUCCUGGCUUUCCACCGUAACCGUCCUGACCACCCAGCUCCACGUCCCCGUGGGUCGCCCCCUGCUCAGCUUCCUAGGCCAUCAAGAGCUGCCCGUGAAGGAUGGGGACCGCUCUACGGGUGGAGAGGGAGCAGGGAAACCUUUAAGGACAAGAAGUUUCUGAAUCAGGACGACAGUGCAGAUCUCAGGUGCCAGCUGCAAUUCUCUAAGGAAGAAUCCACCCUCAUGCGAAAGAAGAUGGCCAAGCUGGGGAGGGAGAAGGAAGAGCUAGAGCAGGAGAUACAGAAGUAUAAGUCAGUCUACGGGCACGUGGACAGCCCUUUACCCCUGGCAGAGCUUGCAGGCGGUGGGCCCCACAGCACCAGGGAGGCCGAGCUACGGCUCCGACUCAAACUGGUGGAGGAAGAGGCUAAUAUUCUGGGGAGGAAGAUUGUUGAACUAGAGGUGGAGAACCGAGGCCUGCGGGCUGAGAACUAUUAUAGACCAGGACAUCCGCUGCCAGUAUCGAGAGGGACUGUUUAUAGACCAGGGCCGACCAGGAGCCCUUCAGCAGCAUGCCCUCCUCCCCGUAUCGGCGGAGACGCUCUGGAGUCAGCCGGGGAGCUGCGGCGCCACCUACAGUUUGUAGAGGAAGAGGCAGAACUUCUCCGGCGGUCCAUCUCGGAGAUCGAGGACCACAACAAACAGCUGACCUCCGAACUGAACCGCUUCAAGUUCGGCCCGAGAGACGAGGAUGUCGAUGUCGGAGUGAUGCUGAUGAAGACCGGUAAUGGGGGUAACGGUGGCGGUGUUGUGAUGAUGGAGGAGCUGAAGGCAGCCAGGAUGCAGAUCAACGAGCUCAGCGGGAAGGUGAUGAAGCUGCAGUAUGAGAACAGAGUUCUGAUGUCCAACGUUCAGCGCUGUGACCUGGCCCAACACCUGGGCCUCCGCACCGGCUCCCCACGGGACAGCGAUGCAGACAGCGACACCGGCCGCCGAGACGCCGCAGAGGAGGAAGAAACUGGGAGGCUCCUCCUUCUACACCCCAAGAGGGAGGGGCCUGUCGGCGGCGAGAGCGACUCGGAGGACCUGUUUGAGAAGACCACCACGACCUCUGGUUUCGGAAGUCACAAGCCCUCAGACGAGAUCAGCGGGCUCAGCACCACGGAACUAGCCAACCUCAGACGAGAAGACCGUGAGACGUUCAUGAACGUCAAACGAGAAGCAGAGCGUCUUGGGAAGACCGUAGACCGCCUCAUUACUGACACGGACAGUCUGAUCUACGAGGAAAGAUUAGUAACAGGAGGGGACAGUCUCUGCAUAGAGGGGUUCAGAGGACACAGGGGGGAGGGAAGCGGAGAGGACAGGGGGAACACCACCACACUCCCCGAGUCCCUACAAGACUCCCAGGUCCUGGACACUAUCAACACCCGAAUGAAGGCCUUCAGGACAGAGCUCCAUAUCUUCAUGGAGAAGGUGGAUCACCUGGGAGACGGGCUAAGGGAGAGGGUAGGGGACCGGGAUAGUGGGGAUGACCUGUCGCCCAUGCCCAACCUUACAGAGUCUAGCAGCUUCCUGUCAGGGGUCACCUCCAUGUCCCGGGAUUCUCCCAUCAGCACCCUGGGACGCGACCUGGUCACAGAUUUCCAGGUUGAGGAACGGAGGCGUCUGGAGGUGCAGGGUGUGAGGCCCAGGGGGUCUGGAUCUGACGGGCCUGCAGGCCCACGAGGCUCCCUGGGUCCAGGAAAGAACCCUACUGCAGCAGGAGGUCCGGUUGUUCAGACACAACACCAUCAUCUUCUAUAUGAAGCUACGCUGGAUCCUUAUGCACUGGAGGCUGGGGAAGAGGACAGAGGCAGGGGAGGAGACCGCACACUCAGAGUGUUUCCGCCUCAGUGCUGUGGGCAACUGGGAGGAGGUGCCUAUGAGAAGUUGGAGGGUAUUCCAGAGCUGAUCUUGGAGCAUGGAGAGGGAGAGACGGAGAGAGAGGACAGGGACAGGUCGUGUACCCAGCUACCCCAGAGAGACAGCCCCGAGCCUGGCCCAACAACCCAACUCCCCUCCACUGAACGCCUGCAGCACCAGACACAGGUGGGUGAGAACCGUAGGGUGCUCCAGGCAGUGCGCUCCCUGUUAGAGGAGUUCAGGUUAGAGUUGAGGGAGGAGGAGAACAGGAGGUGCCAGCUGCAGCAGAUCUACGCUAAUGACAAAGCUUCCUGGGAGGUCAAAUGGGCAGAGAUGAAGUGUCACGUCGCUCAGCUGGAAGAGGAGAGACGAGAAGAGAAAGGAGAGGUGAGAGGAGAGGCCAGAGGGGAGACGCAGGGAGGAGGAGGAGGAGACAAAGACUGGGCCUUUAAACAGGAGCGAGAGGAGCACCGUUGCCUCCUGGCAGAGAGCCACAGCACCUCCCUGGACCUCCACUGGAAGCUGCAGCAGGGAGAGAAGAGGUGGGGGAGGGAGAGGAGAGGCCUACUGGAACGCUUCGACCAGGAGAGACAAGAGUGGGACAGCAACAUGAGAAACAUGCACCACAAGAUGGAGAGGCUGCAGAGAGAGCUGAAUGUCCGACAGAGCAGUGAGGGCUCACCCUCCGACGUCAAAGAUGGGGCGACGGCAGGAGGACACAGGGGUGUCUUUUCCCCCUCAGGAGAGCCCAUCCUGGAGGUCCCACUUCCCAGCAGACUGGACUCUGACAAGAGGUUCCCCGAUAUGAACCAGGCUCUGAAUGAGAUCCCAGACAUAGAGGACCCAAUGUACCCGGAGGAAGAGGAGGAGGAGGAAGAGAUGGGCUUUGGCAGUCUGCUCAGGGCUAAGUCAGUCUGUUCUAUGAGUGACUUCCAGCGUCUGAUGGACAGCUCUCCUUUCCUGCCUGACAAGAGUCGUCAUGGUGACUGUGGCCAUGACGACGUGACUCCACCCCUUUCACCUGAUGACCUGAAGUACAUAGAGGAGUUCAACAGUAAGGGGUGGGGCUUUCCUGUCCCUGGCCCCUCCCCUACACCAGGCCACCACACCCCCACACCCAUGGAAGCCUGGGCAGAACGGCCCACGUCAGCACUCCCUCUCAGGGGUAACGGGGUAACAGAGGAGGGGGCAAGUGUCCAUGUCUCCCACAGCCCCACCCGACCCCCAGGAACCCCUGAACAGGACUACAUGUACCCCAAAGGGACCAAGGGGCGAGGGGUGGCGGUGAGGGGGGGAUCCCCUGGGGUAGGGGGACCAGACGAGGUAUUUGGUAAUGGUAGGUGGCCCUCCACCUGUCAUAAGGAGUUAUUAGAGGGUGGGGGUGGUCUGGGAGGCGGACUUAGGGUUCCGUCUGGCGUGGGCCCCAUCCCCACGGUGGGGUACGCCUCGUCUCUGGAGCUGCAGCUGUCACGGAACCUCAGUGAUGACAUGAAGGAGGUGGCCUUCUCCGUAAGGAACUACCGCUCAGGCCCUGGUACCUCGGACCUCCUGGAGCAACACAGACAGCUCCGAGACACUGCGUGUCAGACCAACGGUUUCACUACUCGGGGAACCCAGACCACCCAGACCAUCAGUGUGGGCUUACAAACUGACAUCCUCCGCAACCUCACCAGCUCCCCCCACCGCUGCCUCACCCCUAUAGGAGGAGGCUCUACCCCCAUCUCCUCCCCCUCCAGAAACAUCCGUAAGAUACAGUACUCUCCUGUAGUCCAGUCCAAGUUCGAGCGGACAUGUUGUUCUCCAAAGUACGGUUCUCCUAAGCUCCAGAGGAAGUUGUCGACAUCAUCGAAGGCUGACCUCCCUGUAGGGGUCUCCUCCAGCUCCACGACCGGCCCCAGGGUUCCGACUCCCACCACCCCCCAGAAGGUAGUUAUUGUUUUGAAUCCUCAGUCAUAUUUAUCUACGUAUUGUUGUAGGGCCUCUGAGUCGGCCUGGGCUCGUUCCACCACCACCAGGGACUCUCCGGUCCACACCACCAUCAACGACGGCCUGUCCAGCCUCUUCAACAUCAUAGACCACACCCCCGUAGCUUACGAACCCCUGCAGUCCAAAUUCACCAAGUCCCCAAGCCGCACCCGCCCCGCUCCCCCUGACCCCUCACCUCCCGGGGGGCCAGGGGUACCCAGCCUAUCACCCUCAGACCCCAAAGACCCCAGGUCCCUUGGAGCAGCCCAGGAGUUCCUGAGGAAUGUCCGCGGGCGUUCUCCCAGCCCGGUGCAGCUGAUAGUAGAGACCCAGGGAGGGCCGGGGGGAACAGGAGGGGAGAGGACACCGGAGGUGGUCAGUAUACGCCAGGACCUGUCUGCCCCGCCUGGAUACACGCUGGCAGAGAACGCAGCCCGUCUGCUUAACAAGAAGCUGUUGGAACAGAGCUUCAGGGAGGAGAAGAGACUGGGGUCUGCCGGCCAGAGCAGAGAGGGGAGGCAUGGAGAAGGAGACCGGAACCAGGUGGGGUGUAUGGAGAUCAAAGAGCAUUGACUGACACUAUGGUAAUGUAAUGG